UGCCCGUGUAUGUAUCAACGAAUAGCAUACCUUCACACCGAAUAGGAAAAAGAGGUGUUGGAUAGAAAGAAGAAAAAAAUAUUCAGGCCCCAUUGUCAUGCACGUCUUUGCCCCCCUCCUCUGAAAGGGAACCAGAGAGAAGAGAGAGAAAAAAUGGGGGAGCCACAUUUUUGCAACCUUGCCCACAGUGCAUUCAUCAUUGACAUCCCAGUCGAAAAAGCGAUCAGUCAACUCCUGAGGCUGAGAACGAGGGGAAAUGGGAAAGAGAAACCUUGCCUGGUCGCCGAACUGACAAAGCUGAAUGCAAAGAAAAGAAAAAAUCGACCAGGGGUCACAGGGACGAGACCCAAGAGACCCAGCAAAGUCUCUCCGCUCGCAAUGGUUCACUGCCUCCUCUUUGAGUCCAUCUCCGCCUGCGUGAAUCAACCAUGCCAGGAUAGGCGUAGUAAGCACGUGGGUGAAGGUGGCGUUAUGCUACUCUACAGGAAGGAAAACAAGUUGGUGAGAGUUGUGAGAAGAGGGGGGGAAGCGAGAGGUACAGAGUACGGCCAGUUACUCAAUACAGUAUCUCGUAAACAGUACUGCCGUGCUCUUGUUUCGGCGUUGGGUACUGUUAAAGAAAUGAAAGUUUGAAAGAGGCAGCAGGACUUGAGCCGUGGGAAGCGUGAUCUUCAUGCUGAGACGAGACGCGUUUUCGAAAAGCGCACCUCUCACUCGAACCAGGGGGACGGUCAGGCUAGCAAAAAGCCAAGACACGGAAGACAGU